AUGGAGAAUAACAGCAAAAGUAGCAAGGAUGUCCUGAUGAUAGAGGCACCCCGGGUUUUUGCUGGUUACACAGCCUCCCCCGGCUCCCCGGGACUACCUUGCAAGAAGCUCUUGAUCGUGGUGGUGGUGGUGGUGGUGAUCGUUUUGGUUGUCCUGGCUUUUGGGCUGAUGGGGCUGCGCAUCACGGAGAAGCACACAGAGACAGUCCUGCAAAUGACCAUCCAAGGCCUGGAUGGGGAGGGCUCCCCACAGCAUCUUUCCAUGAGCAGGAAGGAGAGACUGGCCACCUUCCAUGUCAGCAGGGUCAACUCUUCGGCCACCGUGGUGUAUGACUACAGCAACCUCCUGAUUGGCUACAGAUCUUGGCCGGGACAGUCCUGCUACAUCACCAGAAUGAAGAAGGAAAACAUCCAGAGCCUGGAUGCUGCUGUCAAGGUGUUCCAGAACAUCCAGCCCAGACCUCCAGCGUCAUUCCUCAAAGAGAAUGAGGAGGGAACAGAAGGGCUCCCGGCGCCGCUCGCUGACCGUUCUAUCCUGGGUACCACCAUCAACAUCCUCUGUAGCAGCGUCCCCAUCUACUGGGCUUAGAGGAGGAGAGAUGGGUGAGAGAAAUGAAGACCAAAGACCCAACAGAACAUGCACACCAGCAACGAAAGUCAAACUUCCUGCAACAGGAAUGCUAUGCAAGAGAGAUCCCUGAAAAUGGCCCUGUGGCCCUCAGCCUUUAAGUAGAGAUCAUAGAACUGCAGAAUUGGAAGGGACCCAAAGUCUCAUGGAGUCCAACCCCCUGAAAUGCAGGAAUCACAACAGAUGAUAGAGAUGAUAGAUAGAUAGAUAGAUAGAUAGAUAGAUAGAUAGAUAGAGAUAUAUCUGCAAACAACACCCCUUUGCUAAUGUCUUGGCAUCAGGGGAUUUGCUAAUGCCUUUGCUAAUGUCUUGGUCGAUUGCCAUGACUUCAUUAGAAUAGAAAGCCACAUGCAGCAAACACAUGGAUUGAAGCAUUGCUAGACUAAGCCAUUUCAUGGGAAGGGGAGCCAUUCAUCAAAGGCAGAGCCCAUGCAGAAAGUCCCAAGUUCAAGCCCUGGUAUCUCCAAGGUACCAUUCUCAUGCCUGAAAUCAUGAGGAAUCAAAUGGUGGAGAACAUGCUGAGCUAGCUGGACCCAUCUGGGCUCAGGCUACAGAUAGAAGCUGGAGUGCAUGUUCUCAUAUCUGCACACACUUCUGGCAUGGUAUUUCAUAAUUAUUUUAUUUCACAAAAUUUGUACUCAGCUUGAUCGUAAAAAACAAACAAACAACAACCUCAAAGCAGAUUACAAAAAAAAAGAUAAAACCAAAAAAUUAACAAUAAUAAUUUAAGACCUACAAAAGUAGGGUUGGCAUACACCCGGAAUUUCACAGACAUACAUGGAAUACCGCAGUCGGAAGCACUGUCCGGG